CGCCAUCUUGGUUUCCAUAUAUACCCGUCUCUCGUUUGUUGUUCAUUUACUUGCAGAAGUAACGUGAGAUUCAAUAGGACUACAUCGCUCAAACUGUCCGUUUUAGUUAUAUAUCCUGGCAAGGUAGUGAAAUCCCCGAAAAUGCAGGCUAACGAGAGUAUUUACAACCUGAUUUCUCGUGAGGAAUACAGGCCUCCAAAAGAUGCCAGGUACAAGUCUCAGUUUAGAUCCACCGUCAAAAUGGAGACAACAAGCAACAAGGCUUCACAUAAGACAAUGGGCCCUGCAAAAGUGAAAACGGACGACCCCAGAGAAUUCUUGAAGAAACGAUCGAAGGAACCACAGCAUCCACCAAAAAGUGACUUCAAAUACCCAGAUGAUGACACGAGGCGACCCCCAGUUCCCACGCAAGAGGACAAACCUCUAAUGGGUAUCAAAUCAACCAAAAAUUUCAUCACGACAAAUGCUGUGGAGAAUAUCAUGUCAGUGCCCAAGAAGCCUGCACCUAACUUUGCUGAUACUAAGAAAGGCGAUACACACCCGCUGGACAUAUCUGGACUCGUGCCCAAAUAUAUUAAAAAGAAGGAUUUUGGUGAAGUACCUGAUUACCUGACUCGGCGUAAACAGGAAGUGAUGAGAGCGCAGGAAGAAUAUGAUGCUUACGUUGCUGAGCAUUAUAAGAGAGGUGCCAUGCAGAAACUCACUGAACAGGAAAGACAACUAAUUCUUAACGGACUAAAGAAAAACUGGGAAGCAAUUCAUCAUCAGUAUCAGGGACUUUCUGUUGUCACCGACACCGCUCCAAAGAAAGCUAGAAAAGAAAGAAUGGAAGCCGAAAUGAAACAACUUGAAAGAGACAUUGAGCUUUUAGAAAAACAUAUGACCAUCUACAUUGGAAACUAAAACAUAUGACCAUCUACAUUGGAAACUAAAACAUAUGACCAUCUACAUUGGAAACUAAAACAUAUGACCAUCUACAUUGGAAACUAAAACAUAUGACCAUCUACAUUGGAAACUAAAACAUAUGACCAUCUACAUUGGAAACUAAAACAUUCUCUACUAUAAUAAUCAACUUGUUUCCUGUUCUGACAAACCGGCAUAGUGAUGUUCUCUUAUUGCAAAAACUGACUUUAUUGAGUCUUCAGAACUCAAACAAUGUUAAAACAAUUCAUCUUUGACAUUAGUUAGUAAAAUAAAGUUACUCACAGUCUAUAUGGUGUAUGCAACAUAUUUUUUUGACAACCUCAAGCUAAAUUAUUUUCAGGAGGUAUGCUUAUGUAUAAUUUCAACAUGGUACAUUGAUGCCCCCUUCCAACCAAGUCUUAAGCUCACUAAUUUGUAAUAUUUGUCCUAUAUUAUUGCAUUAGCAGCAUUGUACAUAAAUAUUUUCAUGCUUUUUAUGUGGUUAAUACAAGAUUGUUUUGAACCACAACUUGUGUAUAUUUCAUCAUAUGUAUCAGUAUGUAAUGAUGAAGGAAUUAGCCAAGCCUAAAUAAUUUGUAUACACCUCUAGAAUGGAGUCUUGGCAGCUAUCAACAUGCUAUACUAAAUUACGAUUUUUUUUCAUGAAAAGUAGAUAAAUUAGUUCCCUAGGUCCUAAGCCCUAUUAAUUUUAUAUAAAGUGGUAAGUUUUUGUCUGUAUAUGAAUGCAACUGAAUUAAACAUUUUUGGAUUUAAAAAAAAAAA